AUGGCAGGCACAAAGAGGGCCAAGAGACUCGCCAAAGAUGGCGGCGACCACGCGGCUUGUCAGCAGCCAGGUGGAACAACGAGCCCCUGUGUCCAGCUUGGAGCAAAUAUUCAUAAAUUUCUGGUGGAAGCUGGAAUGCAGACUGCAACAGGGAAUCCAGCAGACAUCAACCUUAAGCUCCUCACCAUGCCAUUCACUGCCCGACCCACAGCGAAAGUCGGCAUACCCGAAGAGACCCAAAACUGCAAGAAAGCGGCGGAGAAACGGGCAGGCACCUUACCCAUGCAGGGUAACGAAGAGAAGAACACCGCAGAACCUAAACACCCUAAAGUCAGCAACGCUAUCAGGAGAAGAAGCUCUACUUAG